ACAACAGUCGUACUACGUCAUAUUGUGUUCCAGAAAUAGACAGCAUGUACACUACUACGAUAGGCUAAUGUUUUGAUUCUGUGCAGUGAAACAUUGACAUAUUUUUGUUGGUUUUUGUUAGUUUGUAAACUUAAACUAAGUGUCGGAUUUAUGCAUGGAACUUAAACUGAGGCAUGGUGGUUAUUAUCGAUCGAUUAAUUGUUCAAUUAGUGGAACAAGUGCGCUGAGCUAAAAUCCAAAAUGGACGCAGUCGAGAUUGAUCCAAAUUUCGAGCCUCAGACAAGGGUUCGCUCAAAUACAUGGCCAUGUCGACCGGUUGAGGACUUCGGAAAUGAAGAACAGCAUGGGUCUCCAGCUUCUGACGAUCCAGGUGUGAAUGAUCACCAUAAAGAUGUGUUAGGAAUUAAGCAAAAGACUUCCUCGCGAAGAAAUGCAUGGGGCAACCUAUCUUACGCUGACCUAAUUACGAAGGCAAUACAGAGCUCACCUGAGCAGCGUUUGACCCUGUCUCAGAUCUACGACUGGAUGGUCCAGAAUGUCCCCUAUUUUAAAGACAAAGGGGACAACACAAGCUCUGCAGGCUGGAAGAACUCUAUCCGGCACAACCUGUCCCUACACAGUCGGUUUAUGCGCAUACAGAAUGAGGGUACGGGCAAAAGUUCCUGGUGGGUUAUCAAUCCUGACGCAAAGCCGGGCAAAGCUCCGAGACGCAGGGCUGGCAGUAUGGAAACUAAAAGUCUUGAAAAGAAACGAGGCCGAAUUAAGAAAAGAAUUGAGGCAAUUCGUGCAGCUCAGGAAAAUGGCUCCAUCACUAGUGAAGACUUUAAUGACCUCCAUUAUGGGUUUAGCUUGAGUCCCGAGUUCCGAACAAGGGCUGGUAGUAAUGCGAGUAGUUGCGGGCGACUGUCUCCGAUUCAGGCUGCUGUUGAGCCAGACCUGCACGAGAGCCAGGUGCCCCCGAUGUCUCCUAUACCGUGGGCACAUGAGGUUGACUAUAACACUAGCAGCAAUGAGGGGUACUCAUUGGUAGACAGUUUAGUGGGCGGGCUCAAUAUAGGUGAGCAGGGAAAUCAGGGGCUUUCAAAUGAUGGUAAUGAUGUUGACAUGAUGUCUAAUAACACCAUUAAACAACAGUUGCUCUCCGGAGGCUCAAUGUUAAGAUUUAACACGCAAAACAACUAUGAUAGUCAAGGAUUUGGCAACCUUCCUGCUCCACCGUCUUACACUGACCAUCUACAGCAGCAACAAAAUAACCAGCAGACGACAGUAUUAAACCUGGACACCAUGACCCAGCCCCAGAACAGGUCGUACACCGUGUCACCAAACCCAAUGUAUCAGGAAAACAUUAUGUCACCAGCUCGACAGAUGAUGCCUAGCCCCGUACCUAACUCUCUAGUGGUUAACACACAGCACUCCCCCGCUCGAUCUCCACAGCUGAGUCCUAGCUACUCCCCACGAGGAUAUGUUCACUCCCCGCAGCCAGUCAAACGCUCUCCCCACCUUUCUUCCACCGCGAUGGCCAAUCAGCCCUCAGCAAUGGCGAAUCAGGUUCCAAUGAACCAGUCUGGACAUGGCCAAGUGGGACUAGUCCAGCAGACCCCAGUAAGCAACAAUGGUAACCGAUCUCUUCUCCAGCAGUGCCUAGAGGCCCCGAAUGACUCAAUGCUCCGUGCCGCACUCACACAGCAGAUGAACUCGACAUAUCAACCGCAGCAAGUCACCCUCUCACAAUCACAACCUUUCAUACAAAACACUUACAGUACCUCACCGGUACAAACUAUGAACUUGAAUAAUAUUAACAAUAACCAAGUGAAUAAUUCGCCUCAUACUUCUAGUAGUAUGGUUAACUACGCUCAGUCGCCAAACCUCGGGGCUUCUCAUGCUUCUCAAGUAGGACCUGAUGAACCUAUCAGGAAUGAAAGUAACAUGAGCCUUGAGCAAAUUGACACCCAUAGCAUGCUUGAUCUCGAUUACGAUGUUGAACAGUUGCUUCGACAUGAACUAGCCAUGGAUGCCAACCUUGAUUUUAAUUUUGAAGCGCAGCCGUCACAAAAUGGCCCUACCUCAGAAAGCCAAAAUAUGGUCCGAUGACAAUACUGUGGACUAGGUCUCUAUAUGAAAUAAUAUGAUCAAAAUGGAAAGUUCUAGAAGUUUUGGCCACUGUUGAGCAGCUUGGUCAGAAACACAGGAACAGGUUAAAGAUGAUGGUGCUUGCUUCAAUCCUGGUUAUGAGGUGUUGUUGAGUUCCUUGUGAACUACCUGUUAGUGCUUUUUGCUUUGAAUGGUGAAGUUUUUGUUAUGUAGAGUUAUACUAGUGCUUGUGUACUAGUGCUUGUGCAAUGUUUUCAAAAUGGCCAGUGUGAAAAUGGAAUUCAGGUUUUACACAGCCAUAUAGACAGUGGCACCUGCAUAUUCCCGAUCUAUUUCAACUGAAAAGAUCACAUUGGUUAAGUGUGUGUCACAAAGUUUUGAGCAGAUGUCAGAGCAGUGUACAUAUUUAUGUAUAUUCAUUGUUUGAAGGAUAGAGCUAAAUUGUGUGUAUCUUAAGCUACAGUAAAACUGUAUGUUUUAAUAACACAGUGUGAUAUUUAACAGGCAGAGGAGAGACUUUGUGCUUUAUUGCUGCCCGUCUUUCAAUUUACCACCAGUGGGAACUCAGUAAUGCAGAUUCUGGUAGUUUGGCAAUUAAGCUGAAUAAAAAGUGUCAGGAAAAACGUUGUGCUGAAAGACUAUCACUCGCUCGCAGAUCAUAGAAUUGAGAAGACGUCAAUAACAGUUGGUGUGACCAUCAGAAGUGUCGGCUUGCUGUGUGAUAUUGACGGCUUUGUUCUGCAUAUGGAGAGUACUGCAGUCUGUAAUUGGAACUAAAGGUUCCACUUUCCAAUGGUCUCUUGAUUUUCAUUAUCAGCAUUUACCGUUUUUGUAUUUCAUCCACAUUUUAGGUCAGGUCAACCUGUGUAUUUUACCAAUUCUUUUUUUUUUUAAACUUACAUUAGUUAUGAGUCCUUACGGUACAGACUUAAUGAUUUUAAUUAAUGUACAUAAAAAUGUUAUUGUUUUUAAUUCUUUAGACCCUCUAUUUUUCUAUCUUUUUAUUUACAAAAAACAUUUUGAAUUCAUCUUUAUUUUGAAGUAAAAAAAUUGAAGUAUUUUGAUAGCCUUUGUGUCGUUGAUGAAGUUGGCGUCCUUGACGACAACAAGAAAAUGAUUUUCAAAUAAAUUUCAUAUACUUGUUAAGCAAGGGAAAUAACUCUGGCUUCAAUAAGUGUUGAGUUAUGCCAUUCUUCGACUAAAAACAACAGGCAAGCGUCAGUAUUGGCUAUGUGGCGCUCUUGUUUUUUUUUUAUUUGCAACACAAUUAUACUAGAUGGUUCUAAAUAGAAACUAUGGUAGGCUUCCAUACAUAAAUAUGACCAUACCGCUUCAAUGCUAGUCUUUUUCUUCCUUGUCUGUUUUGUAAGUUUCAUGCAGACAAUUCAUAAAAACAUAAAAUACUUGGAGAUAUUCCAAGUUAGUUUAUACUCUGUUGGAUAAACUAUGACUGAUUCUGUAUGUUUAAGUUUCAUUUCCGGCAUUUCCAUCAUUACUGCCUCACUUCUAUUGUGAAAUAUGCGCCCUGGCUGUAUUCAAAAUAAGGACAUUUUUUAACAUUUGGAAUUCACCACCAAACUGUCAUAUCGUGAAAGAAUAUAUUGAAAAUUAAGACACAUGUAUUCCUGUAAUAUCAACUUGAGAAUUAUUUUGUAUUUGGGGCUUAGAAAAGAAAUCAAAAUAGUUACACUUUAAAAAUAGCAGCUUGUGGACUUAAAAAAAAAAAAAACGAUCUUCAAACUAUUGUUUAAGUACCAGUAUAAUGAAUUUGACUUAAAGAAGAAUUCAAUGUCAGGGCCUUUCUACCAGUCAUGGACACCCUGGCCCUUUUUCAGUUUUGGCGAAGAAUUCAAACAAUUUGGACAAUUCUGUUUUACAAAUGGAGUAAAAUAUCAGUAUCACAGUAAAUAUAGCGCUCAGAAACAUCAUUUAAUGAAUUGUGAGAUUCUCAUUAUAUAAAAGUUUUGAUCUUUUUUUAAAAAGGGGAAUUUCAGAUGCUAUUUUGGGUAGAAAUAGAGGGUCUGACCCUUGGAGGAGUUGCCCAGUUUCGGUCGUGGCAGAGCUUCAACUAGUUUUUUUUCCUUCACUUUUUAUUUACAGAAAUACGAUCCUAAGAGAAGUUACCACUUAGAUGUUGAAUGACACAGGCCCCUGCAGCCAUUUCAUAACCUCAUGCUGUUAUCCAUGUGUAUGAUAUUCUUUCAUAGUGUGACAUCAAGUUUAGUGUGGUGGAUAGUUGACUAACACUAGCCAACAACAUUACAUAGCUUCUGGAUAAAUGGCUUCUGGUUAAAUUACUUAAUUAUCGCAUUCAAGGAAGAAUAUUCAUAUUUCACAAUGUCUACUAUACAUGUACAUGUGGAUUAUGUCACGAGGCAUAACUAGUUCGAACAUUUCUUAGGAACAAUGAUUCUUAAAUUCAUAAGUCAGAAACUGGGUGAAGAGUCAUUGCAAAUGUGGUUUUGAAUAUUGUAAAUUAUUCAGAACCACAUUUUUUCAGUGCCUCUUGACCCAGUUUCUGACAAAUGAGAAACAAAUUAGUUUGAAUUAUAACAAGAAGGCUCUUGCAGCAACAUCAUUUGUGUGUGUGUGAUUUCAAACUUGUACAUAAAGGCAAGAUGUAUGAUGAAAAAGAGAUUAUGGGACAUUUAUUACCAGUUGGUGUGUGUUAGUCAACAGCUGGCAUGAAACUACCAUCAUCAAAAAUGACUGAAAGUAUAUCAGAACACCAGGAACACUAUUUUUUGUCCACAGCUGAGUGUUAAGAAUAAAUCAAUUUAAUGAGGAUAUUCCAUGUACAAUACGACCAUUAUGAAGUUCAAUCAUCUGAUUCUGUAUUAGCCAUAAUGCCAAGUGGCAUAUUAAGCACAAGUAGUGUAAUUAAUACUAAUUAUAUCUUCCCCUCUUAGAGACUAUUUUCAUGAAGUUCAGUAAUAGGAGUUAACUCGAAUUACAAGUGAAGUGCAUAAUUUCUCUAUUUAAAACAGUCUUAUUUGAAUAUGAUUCCAUAUUACAUGUAGCAACAAAGCUUAGUUAACAUAUUUAGCUUUACAUGUAGUGGUGUAAUUGUGUCGUUCUGUCUAGGAAGGGAGAAAAACUGUUUUCUUCUUCUUUAUAUUUUUCAACAAUUUUUCAUCCGAAGCAGAACUUGGAAACUUAUCUUAGAGAAAUUGAUUGAGACUUGAAAGACAGAUUGAUGGCGUUGUAAAGUUGUGAACCCUUCAAGAAAUAUUACUGCGGCAAAGUUUCCGCAUUUUGUUUGUUUGUUUUUAUAAUGUUAACUUUGUAUUGGCCAUAUCUGGCUACUUACCGGGGUGUGUGAAACUGAAGAAGUGUCUCUUUGCCAUAACUGUGCUUAAUCUAUAAUUAUGUUCUAUUUUCUUACUCUUUCUAGCAAUAUUGGCCAUAGUUAUACUGUCUGAAUGCAAUAUAAACCAAUCAAGAUGUCACUUGAUCAGAUUGGUGCCUGCUGUUACUAAAAAUGCUGUUGUUGUCACCGAGUAUAAGUUUAUAAUUGAGAUUUUCCAUUCACAAAAUUGUCAUUUAAUGAUUCGAGAAACUGCAUAUUAUAAUUAUAAGCAGUUGUGAGCAUUUAUGGACAAAUGUACUUUGGCCUCAAUGAUAGGACACUAAGGUGAUAGCUGUUUUAGGCAGUAAUCACAACAUUGGCCUCAAUGAUAAGUGCACUGUGAUGUAAUCACAAACCUCUAGUAGUACUUGAUAAGCAUGAAAAUGUUUUGGACAUUCAACAUCGGCCUUCUUGUACAUGGAGUCCACUUAGGCGCUAUCUCAGACAAUCUGUACUCACAAUACUACCUCUUUUGUAGUAAAAACAGCUCUUGUGUGCAUUCAUGGACAAGUGUCCGGUUGGCCUUCAUGAUUUAGAUAAGUUCACCAUGGUGAUAACCCCUUCCUUCAAGAGUCUUGUGUGCAUUUAUGGACAAAACUCAUGUUAAAUUUACUGUGGUGAUAUCUGUGAAGCCUUUUAGACGGUAAUCACUCCUGUUGUAGCCUUAAGAACAGCUAAGUUCACAAUCGUCUACCUGAUCAAUACUGGAACCAUCUUAUCUACGCUGAAAUGUCAGAGACUGAGGCUUGCUAUCUGGUAGAAAUAAAUGCCGGUCCACACAUAUUUGUCUGCACAAUUCUUUAAGCUUAGGAAGCAUUUCAACCCAGAGUUUAAUGAUAUCUGAUGAUUACUGGAUAAUGAUACUGCCAUGUUAUGUUCUUGCUAGUUUUUAUCAAUCCUCGUCACAUAAUCACUAGGUUGCGGCAAUGUACUUAAUAACUUUGGUAAUAAAGUAAGGUGUGUGCCUAAUAAUAUCAUAAUACAGCUCUUUAGAACUAACAAGAUGUACUGUCUCUUGCUUGUAUUUCAUUGAUCUAGGUAAUUUCAUGUUGUCUUACCCUAACUUUAUAAAUGUUUCAUUUUAUUUGCAGUUUCGUUCUCCACUUAUUUGUGUUUUCAGGAAGUAAAUAUUCCAACACUUUUGUAUUAUUGAAUACUUGUUUGAUAUAUUUUUGAGUACAGAUUGUGUUUCAUUAAUGCAAAUUAAGUUAGAAAGUAAUAUUAUAAUUUAAUGUUAAUUUUUCUUAUGAUACUCCUACAUGAACAUUACAAAACACUCCCUAGCUUCCUUUCCGUUUUAUUAAAGGGAAAUUGUCAGCUCUAAUAAUCAAUUGUUCCAUACUAUUAUUUUAGGAUUUUAGCCAGUUCAGAUUUUAAGUAAUUUUUAUUGUUUCAUCUCUGUUAACACAUUUACUUUUAUUUAUCUCUUCCGUUUUAUCGAUUUUAAAAAUAAGUGGGAAGAUACAUCUGCCCAAGGUUUGCCUAUAGGGAACUUGCUGCGUAAUUACAUAUAAAUGUUCCAUACAAUUAAAUAGAAGAAAUCUGGCCUUCUCGGUCAUUCACAUCAUUGUACAGACAUGGGGCCCGAUUCCUCAGAACUUUGUCAAAGUAAACAGCGUGAUUAACAACAUCGUUGUUAACUUUUAAACGUGAAUAAUUUGAUUGUGUGCUCAUAUACUUGGAUAUAACCAGUAUACCUGAAACAGUUGUCUCAAAUCUUGUUAGAAAUACAGCUGAUCAUUCAAUGACAGGAUUUCAGAGCAGUAACGAUUUAAAAUGUAACAUCAAUGACAUUAACAAUGUUGUUAACUUGAACGAUGUUCUGAACAAUCGGCCCGUUUCUAGAUAUCUGCUUUUAUGUGUGUGUAUGUGAUAGAUGAGUUUAAUGUGAUAUUGUUGAGUUUUUGAUAUAUAUUUGUUUUUUGCUUUAAUAAUGUUUUUUUUAUGACGAUGAUAAAACUUGUGUCAUCAAUUCUCAAUAGAUAUUAUCAUGUGUUGUAAGAGUGUUAAAAUGUAAUCCGGUUAAAUAUAGUGAAAUAUUUUGAAUCGUUCUUGAAAUGAAAAAUAUUUGUUAGAUUAUAGAUGUUUUGUGAGCUUUUAAAAUGGAUUUGUUAAGAUCUUGUUUCUGUGUGGUUAACUGAAUAUGUUUUGAUGACAUUUUUUCUGCUGGUGUGUAAAUCAUAUUUUUGUUGAUGAUUUUAGGUAUAUCUUAAACGGACUAGUUCACUGAUUUCAUGAUGGCAAUUUCUUUUAUUUAUUUUUUCAAAUCAAGUUAUUUUUAAUAUUUAACACCAAACAUUAACCGGUUGAUACUUGAUUGGACAGAUUUUUGUAAAGCAUGCCUUAGGCUAUUUAAUGUUCAAUAGAGUUUAAUAACCUUUUUCUGCAAAAGAAUAUUUUUUUCUGUGAUAUUUUUUAAGUAAUUGUUAACAAUUGAACUCUUAAUUAAAUCUUUAAUGAUAUUUGAUGAUGUUUUAUCAUUGAAACAAGCAUUAAAUUUUAUUUCUUUCACUGUGAAAUUAAUGUUGUCAAGCCCUAUAAAACAUGAACAAGUACCUUUAAACUUUAAAUUUAAGUGCGUACUAUAUUUAUGGAAAAAAACGUUCAUCUCUUCCUCAGGUGGUUGAGCCAGAAGUUAUUAACAUAAUUGAGGUUACCGGUACUUAUAACGAUACCGUAUUGGAAAAUAGUGAUGAGGCCUGAUUUUAUUGCCUUUAGCAUGUCCUUUGGUCUUAAUUGUUGGUUUUAACCUUUUUAUGAAUACAAAUACCGAGAUUUUUUAACCUCAAAUCCUUUUAUUAUCAUAAAAACAUUAUGAUCUCUGUUUAAAUAUCCCUAGCACGUAGCCUACUACUGUUUGCAAAUGAGCAUUUCAAAAGAUUGAAUUGUGGCAAUGUUUUCUCUGCCAAAAUCCACAAAGGCCUUCUGAACAAAUAAAUUUUGGAACCACAAGAAAUGGAUGUUAAUGUAUCACGUGACGUAACUGCUAAUUUGGACUGCCCAACUGCCCUACAGUUAACAUUUUAGACAUUUACGUGUGCAACUAAUAUGAUUGACAGUUAAAAACGAGCAGAAUUGGAUAUGCAUUGCCGUUACUUCUAAGGCAACUUAAAACUAUUUUGACAUGUUGGGUGUGACUUUUCUAGUUUUGGCAGUAUAACAUAAUCUCCUCAUCAGUACUAAAUUGCAAAGUGAACAUGAUUAAUUCCUAAACCGAUUGCCAUGCAUGUUUUAGCUUAGUUUAUUUGCAAGCAGUAGUAGUUAGUUACUUUUGCCUGCACUACAGUAAAUGAUUGGGGUUUUAAGGAUUAAACAGCAUGGUACAAGCAGGCAUACUUUACACCUUCUAUUGACAUUGGUAUGAAAAAUCUACAUUCAUCAAUCUUGAAACUCAUUUAUCUGUUUGAAGUGUCGCUGCAUAAUGCAAAUUGAUUGAUGGCUUAAUUAAUAAAUGAAAUUCAAUGCACAUCAUAUCAUACAUUUCUUUGGUGUACAUGUAUUGCUAGUUGAAUAGUUAGUUUAGGUUGUAGAUAAUUUCAUAGGCUGUGUGAUGUUGUUCUUAACAUAGUAUUUUUUUAAAUUUUAUAGCAAACAUUUAUUUUGUUUAGGAUUUUUUAGCGGCACUGAAGGCAACAGCUCCUACUAGUCAUUGUUUGUGCAAAGUCAGACCUGUCCACCAUGAGAGUAGCACUAUUCAUACUUGUAACGUGUUUUACCCGAUCAUUUUGUAAUUUUCCAUACAAAAUAGGUGUUUUUUAAGUUGUUGAUGAUUCAUGUGGGAUAUCUUCUAACUUGUACUUCCUAGAUUUAUCAAUCUUAUUUUCAUCAACUUUUCUACAUUUUAUUUCUAUUCUUCCUUGAUUGGAAAAUGGCAUUUGUUUCCAUGGAAAUGUAUAUUUGUUUGUUAAUGAUUUGUAAAUAUAUUGUUAAUUCCUUUAAGAUUUUGUAUAUAUAUAUUGUUAUUAUGAAGACAUGUAGUUUUAUUUUAGUGUACAUACUGGUAUAUUGACAAAUAAUUAUUCAUUGUUUUUAUGACUGUGUAAUAUUGUUAUUCAUGUAAUAAAUUUAGUGUAAUGCUUGAUGGAUGUUUUAUUUACAUUCUUACUAAAUGCUUCAUAAUGGAGUUUUAUCCUUAUUCACAACAUCUUUGAAAAGUAGCUAUGAUCAGUAUGUAAAAUGCUGACAAUAUUACAUUACUCAUCCAAAUAAAUAAUGGUAUUUUAUUUUACCACAUUCAACUUAUUUUUAUGAUACUUUUAUAUUUUUCAUAAAAAAAAUAAUUCACAUUUAAUGUUCAUUCAGUGAUAUGAUAUGAUUUUGGUAAUCAUUGUUGAUUGAAAAAAAAGAAAUAUUUUGUACGAAACAUUAUUUUCGAUGUCUUCAAUUUUAAAAUGGCUACAUUCAUGUAACUUCUACUUAACAGUUUAGAAUAACGUUUGUUUUACCCGUUUAAGAAUAAGGUUUGUUUUACCUGAUAAAGAAUAAUGUUCGUAUUACCCGUUUGAGAAUAACAUUUGUUAUGUUUGGGCCUGAAUGACUGCUAAUCAAAGUUGUUGAAAACACUGAUAAAUGAAGGCUUUCUACUGUCAUAUAAACUAACUGCUUGGUUUUGCAUAUAUACAGUGCUAAAUGUUUCUCAUUUUCAUCGUAAAAUAUUUGCUGUAUUAAAAGUUUCAAGCUGAUACUGUUUGCAGAGUUAUUGUUGCUCAAAUCGUUUUAUGACUGUUUUAUUUGUGUGUCAAAAGAUUUUCAUAUUCUGUACACAUGUAUAUUUUAAGUUUGAGAUGCUAACUUGAAUGUCAUUUGUAAAUACUGCAUUUCACAUUGGAAAAUACAUAACAGUAAUGGAA